AUUCCGGUAGUGUUCUGGUACCCAGAAAACCCAACUGACUCUGAAUCACCUUUAUUGCUCAAUUCUGUAAUAGUUUGCUUUUUUACUGUUGCGAUUUUUUUGUAAACCGUCGUUCCUCUGUAGUCGUUCCGUAUCGGGUGUGCAACAGAAAAUCAUCAAAAAUGAAUCCAUACCAGCAAGGCCAAUCGGGUUAUCCGCAACCGCAGUACCUACAUAAUAUCGGAUUCGCAAACAACGCGCCUCAAUCUUUCGGUAACCCAAUGCCAAUGCCAGGGUUUCCCACUACGGGCUAUCCACAGCCUCAAACUGGUUACCCUAGUGCUUAUCCACAAGCAAGCCCUGGUUAUCCUCAACCAACUUCUGGGUAUCCUAGACAAAGCUUUCCCACAAAUCAGGGUUAUCCUGGAGCUCAAAGUUAUCCAACAGCUCAAACAGGUUCAGGAUAUCCUCCAAGUCAAUCCUACCCACAGCCUAGCCAGGGCUAUCCACAACCUGGACAGGGUUACCCACAACCCAAUCAUGGUCAACAACAACAGAGCCAAUACCAAGGGUACCCACCUAGCCAACCUCAUGCUCAAACUCAGGCAUACAAUGUAUCAAGUGGUCCAGAACCUUCUACACCUAAGUCCAAGCCAACCGUGGUGCCAGCGAACCCCUUUGACCCUCGCGAAGAUGCUGCCGUUCUCCGAAAAGCCAUGAAAGGUUUCGGUACCAAUGAGAAGGCUAUUAUUCAGGUCCUCACUAGGCGCAGCAACGAACAACGCCUCAGGAUCGCGUUUGAAUUUAAGACUCUUUAUGGAAAGGACCUUGUAUCCGAUCUGAAAAGUGAGACGAGCGGUAAGUUCGAGGACCUCCUCGUUGCUUUGAUGACACCCCUUCCUCAGUUCUACGCUAAGGAAUUACACGAUGCCAUCGCCGGCAUCGGCACUGAUGAGGACGUUCUUAUCGAGGUCAUGUGCACCAUGUCCAACCAUGAAAUCCAGGUUAUCAAGCAGGCGUACACGGCCAUGUACGGAACCUUUUUGGAGGAUGACCUCCGCGGCGACACGUCAGGAAAUUUCAAGCGGCUGAUGACGUCAUUAUGCGUGGGCAACAGAUCUGAAGACUUCCAUGUGGAUCAAGAAAAGGCGAGGGAAGAUGCAAGGAGCCUUCUCCAAGCUGGUGAGCUACGUCUUGGCACAGACGAGUCUGUGUUUAACGCCAUCCUGUGCUCCCGUUCGUUCCAACAGCUGGCUGCUGUAUUCCAGGAGUACCAGUACCUUACUGGACAUGAUAUCGACGAUGCUAUCAAGGCAGAGUUCUCUGGCGACAUCGAAAAAGCACUGCGAGCUAUCGUGAAAGUGGUCCGCAACAAGCCGCUAUUCUUCGCGGAACAUCUCCACAAGUCCAUGAAGGGUUUGGGCACGAACGAUCGUCAGCUGAUACGCAUCAUGGUGACUCGAUCAGAAGUUGAUCUCGGCGACAUCGCAGACAUGUUUCAAAGCAAGUACGGGGAAUCCCUGCAGAGCUGGAUAGAGGGGGAUUGCUCCGGCCACUACAAGAAGUGUCUGCUGAGCCUGCUCGGUAUCUCAUCGUAAGGAAGCUUACAUUUGUUAAUUAUACACCGUACUAAGAUUUAUUAUAUGUGUCUGCGUGCACAUAAUUUUCUUUCAUAUACCACCACAGAACAUUUAUUUGAUUACUAUUUGAUUUAUAAGGUUAAGCAGUGAGAUGUUAUUGUUUCAUUAUUAUAUAUUAUAAUGUCAAUUUAUCGCAUAAGUUGGAAUCUUUUAUCUUUUAUAUUCUGCUCUCUUCUUCCAUUUUGUAUUCAUCAGCUUUAAAUUUACAAUAUUCCUCCCCUACAUUGUAACAAAUAAGAACAUAGUUGUAACAUUACUUAAGAUUUUAAAAGGAUUCGAUUCAGAUUAAAUUUCCUAACCAUUGGUAGUAUUUUGUACACCCAAAAUAUAUAUCUGUUUUUUUUUUUCUUAUAGAUAUAUUUAUUUGUAAACAAACCAACAACUUUAAGGUUCAGAUAUAACUUAAAGAAAUUUGAGUUACAUUAUAUUAAUGUUUUAAGUCCUAUAAUAUUUCUUUUUGUUGUUAAUCUUAAUUAUUUUUUCUGGAAAAGGAAAACAAAACUUUUCCGAUAUAUUGGCUCAAUAUAAGAUAGAAGAUUUUUCUAAGUGCAAAAUAGAAUGAUUUACUUUUUAAAGUAUUUCGACAGUUUUUUUUUUAUAUUAAAUAUAAAAAUUACUACAGAACGUUUAAUGUAAAAAAUCCUAUGUCCAAUCCAAUGGCAUGAUUUUAUAUAAGAAAUGUUAUAGUAAUCUGAAUCGAGUCUGAUUUUAUUAAAGGCCUUAUUCACUAUAGAGAAUAUAUAUUUAAGUCGUAUAGAAUUGAUAUGAAUAUUUGUCUAUGCUUAUGCUUUGUACGAAGCCGUCCGUACGAUCUUGUGGCUCUUCGCCAUUUCAUAAAGAAAGUGUUUUUUUUUUUAUAAUAAUUAAAACUUUUCAUGCGUUCCGAUAAGGGCGUUGUGACAGUAGUGUCAUACUAUCGAUAACAUCGAUAAUAUUACUGAUUUCUAAACUGUCGAUAUAGCAUCACUAUGUGAGUUCAUAGAAACCACGGUCUGUUGUAUUUAUCUCGAAAUUUGUAAUCUCAAUAGAUAAAAUAAGAAUUCAUAUUUAUAUAUAAUUACAUCGUUUAGAGAUUUGUUUAUGAACGAUAGACUAACUUAUUAUAUCUUUGAUCCAUUAUUUAUUAAUGAAAAUUCUUUAUAAUGGCAUUGUCGUAUUUUUGGCGCUUACAGUACUAAUAUUUGUUAAUGUUAUAAAUUAAACAUCUAAUGUUUAUCAGCCUGUUAUAAAUUCUUUUUAUUUUUCAAUCAAGUUUUAAUUACUUGAAAUAAAAUGCCCACUAAUGUGAGAUGAUUAAAAAUUAUUUACUUUAUAGAAAUAUUAACGGAAUUUAUUAGCCUGUGAUUGAGAGAAACCUCGUGAGCUGUAUAACAGUCAAAUAAAAAUAUAAGUAUUGUCUAUUUUUACACAAUAAUAUGAUCUGUAAAACAGUAACUGAAUAUGAUUAUGAGUUUAUUUAUGUGUGUGUGAAAAAAAACAUAAUUCUGUAGUUAUACUAAAAGAACUUAAGCCUCAAUAAAUGUGCCUUUUAAAUAAAAUUUACAAUUUUGUUGGAAAACGACUGAUGUAUUUCGACUAUUUACUUACUGAAAUAAUUUAUGUAAAAAAGAAUUCCUCUUUUCCCCCAAAUCAUUAUUAUAACAUACGAUUUAGUAGCAGAACUAGUUACAAGAUUAAUAACUCUAAUAGUAACUGUUUGCAUUUACAGACAAAGACAUUUUAUAUUCUUUAAGUUUGUUGCUUGUAAAAUAUCCAGGUAUGAACAUUAAAAGCACUACUUCAUAAAACAAGUCUAAAAUAUUCAAUAAAAAGCUUCAAUAAAAUCUUAUACGGCCUUAAAUGAAAAUUAAUAUUAAUAACAAUAUAUUAAGUAUAGGUUAGCAAAAUGAAAUGAAAUUAAUAUUUGUCGAUUAAAAUAGUAAAAUGUAAUAUUUAUUGUGGUCGAAAACAUGAUUUAUAUACGCAUUUAUCUGCUAUAUCUUUACAUUGGCAGAUAUUCAUAGGUGAUUUAAUAAAGAUUAUGAUUGCAGAAUGGCGUUAUACAUAAAUGUCAUCAUAAGCUAUCUAAGAAUUAUAAGGAUUCAGGAUUACGCAUAUUUAGUAGUAUAUAUUUUACUUUACUAUGACACAGUUAUUGAUGUGUUAAUUAAUGGUAAUAAACUAUAUGAAACUUUCCUAAUUUAAGUGAAUUUGCUAUCGAAUAUUUUAUUUGCCUUAAAGUUUUAUACACUUAAAAAGUACAAUUAUCGCUUAACUGCUUUCAUUACAGAAAAUUUAUGUCUUAGGGUAAAGGUGUAUUUUUUAAGAAUUUAAAUUGCUUCAUAUAAGAUGUCACUAUUGAAUUCUCAGUAGUUGCAUAUGUUCGAAAUUACUGUUUUAUUAUAAAGAUCUGCACAGAUGCCAAAAGAAUGUCCACAAAUAUAGUGAUGAUAAAUUAUUAUCUAAAAAAUAAUAUUACGUCUGUUGUUUAUUGUAGCAUUGAAAAUUAGAUGAAAAAGCAAGAUUUUUAUUGUUUUAAAAUAUAUAUUUAUACAAAAUUGAAACUAUUAUCUGUGGCCAAUUAAAAUAUAGUUGUUUUUAUUAAAUUUUCUACAAUGAAGCAUUCGUUUUGGUGUUUUAAUUGAUGUUUUUACUGGGUGUAAUAAAUGAUUCAUACUAUGU